UCUCAGUAUCCAAGCAUCAUUCACCAUGCUACCGAUUUGGUUAACGGAGGAUUAUAUCCAGACAGCCUUGCGGGCUUUCUACAAGGACGAUCAGCUUCAGGUCAUUAAACUCUGGGCCAAGCCAGCAACUGAAAAGGGCGAGAACUUUGUCGGCGUAAUGACUCGCAUCUACGUGGAUUUUGAGUCUGGAGACGGAUCUGUGAAGAACAUGUCCUACAUUUUAAAGCAAGGCGUUCCGUCGGACGCUCCCCAGGCUAAGAUCUUCAAGGAAUACGAUGUGUACAAUAGGGAACUGGAAAUGUACGAUGUUGUGCUGCCCAAGAUGUCGCAGAUCCUAGAAGAGGCUGGUUUCACCGAUAAGUUGAUGGCAAAGGCCAUUAUCGUAGAUCGCUCACGAACCAUUAUGAUCCUGGAAGACUUGGCUCCCCUCCGCUACACAAAUGCGGAUAGGGUGAAGCAGCUGGACCUGACUCACACCAAGCUCGUAUUGGAUAUGUUGGCCAAGUUCCACGCCGCUGCCAUAAUCUUGAACCAAAGAGAGCCAGAUCUCCUGCGUCACAACUACGCAUCGCACUUCUUUUCGAGGGGAAAAGAGGGUUACGGAGAGGUCUUUGCCGGAUUGUUCCGGGCUUUCAUCCGGUAUGUAAAGACAAAGCCGGAUCUGAACAGUCGCUAUGGCGCCAAGUUGGAGAACAUCGUCACCAAUUUGAUGGAUUAUGCUGCCCGCUCAGUGGAUGUUGAUGAGAAGGACCUGCAGACACUGGUCCAUGGCGAUUGCUGGACCACCAAUGUCAUGUACCAGUACGACGACGAGGGUAACCCCACUACUGUCCUGCCCAUUGAUUUUCAGUUCAGCACUUGGACAUCUCCGGUCGUGGACUUGCACUACUUCUUUAGUACAUCUCUGCAGACAGAUAUCAAGGAGCGUGAAACAGAACUUGUCCAGUAUCAUUAUUACGCUUUGAAACGAACCUUGGAAGUCCUGAAUUUUAAGGGCGUAUUUCCAAGUCUGUUUGAGUACCAGCUUCAAUUUGAGAAGCGUCGAUUCCAGAGUGUUAUCAUAGCCAACACAUUUCAACCGAUAAUGGUGUACGAGGGCUGCGAGGACCCUGAUUUCGUAAAUCUGUACCAGGAUACACCUUCGGGUAUUAAGUUCCAGGAUUCCAUGUAUGAAAACAAGGAAAUUCAGCGUAGAAUCGAAACCAUAUUACCUAUCCUUGAUGCCAAGGGUUUCUUAGAUGCCCAUUAAAAUAAGACUGUUUGCUAGGAGUUAUUUGAA